AUGCGUGCUAUUACCGAGUCGCCUAUUCGUCACAUGUCUAGGGUGAUGUCGUCGAUUGUGUACAUACCAUUACGCACCGCCGAAAUUGCUACCGAACAAUCUCAAGGCGACUUGGAUGUGAAUUUCUUGGCGAUCUCUACGCGCAGUCCAGUCCACUGUGUUGGGCCUCAGCAAUUCACUGCCGCGGACGUUGCGUGUUUUUGUUUUGGCGCAAACAGACCAUCACGUGUUUGUUCCCGUGACAGCGCGUCCCCGCGUUUCGCGACUUCCCUGCGCUCACUACGUACGGCCCUCGCCACAUACUACGCCUUCAAACGCGGCACGCAACAGCAACGCACCUGUAUCAUAGCAGUCAAAGCUCUGUUGUUUUCCAAUGUCGCUGUCAAGAUGCCGACACAUACGCCCUCACCGCACCGAUUCCUAGCUCCAAAUCCGCAUUCAGCGCAAAAGUCGACUAGACCACAUUCGAGCCUGCGCAAUGUUGCUGCAAUUCCGUCAUCCGCUUCUGCAAAGACACCUACGCCUGCAGGAUCAACAGAGUUACCAUUUAAAAGGCUGACGCCUGCGAAGCGCUUUGUCGUUGCUCCGCUACAAAAGAACCCUGUUGCGGAAACUGCAAAGGUCAGCGAAGCAGACGCCAAUCCAGAUGAUGGUGCACAGUUACAGCACACGCCGCUACCAAGACCACGCAGAAAGCUCGAACGAGUGGAAAGCAUAGAGGAGCCAUCGCAAUCAAGCCAACAAGAUGCCAAAGAACAUGUCUAUGCCUCUGGCGUCAUAUCCUCCCACCAAGACCAGGAUAUGCUGUCCGACCAACUCAAGCAAUAUGAGCAAAACGAAGAGGAUGACGAAAUGCUCUUUGAACCAGCGACACGAACCAAACGGCGCCGCAGGUCGUCACCCACUUCUCCGUCCUUGCAGCCACUAGAGCCCUCAACAACGCACCGUUUCAAGGUAGCACCACCCCGCACCCCUGCACCGUUCCCAAGCAUCGCCUCCGUCGUGGCCAAACCCCCAGCACCUUCAAGUCGUCCUCAUUUCAUUCUCCCUGAAUCACCGACGUCCCCUCCCAAGACUUCCAGGCCACCACCGGAAAUCUUCUCUCCAUCCCGCAAGCAUGCAAAGUACGUUCCUGACGGUCUUGCGUCCACAGUCUCUGUCUGGGUUAUCGAGGCGGCGAAUACGGGAUUUGCAGCGCAGGAAAGGAGCAGCGGGUCUUGGGGACGCGACAAGGAUGACGGUAUCAAGGUACGUGUAAAGAUCAGUUGCCUAUCCAGAGGCGGAGCGAGUGAGUAUGAGACACAGGAACUCGAAUGUCAUGCUGGUGGUGUUGUGUUCGCAAGGGGCCAAACAGAGCCAGGCAUAUAUAAUUCUUCAGCGGCAUCCGGUCUUCCCAGCCAAAAUAGCAGCACAAACAUUCUCCUUGCUGGCCAGGGCAGUGUGAGAGGCUCGGGAGGUGUCAAGAUCAACACUGGAAGCAUGAUUGGUGUGCGUGCGCCCACGUGGGAGAUUGAUGUGGGCCAGGAGAAGUGGUUGGUAGCUGUCGAUUGGGUGGUGCUCCUCAAUCUACUAAGUAAUGAGCUAUCCGAACUAAUCAUUAUCUACCUUGCUUGUUGUGCGUCAUUCAACAUAUUUCGAUCUCUUUCAGAAUGCCCUGGUGGUAUUCUAUAUCUGCCCGCCCCACUAUAUCCUAAAGGACCUACAGUAGUACAUACCUCUCUGGACAGACCUCUUACUCUCUAUAACCACGGAAUUACCGCAUCAUCCUUGUCGAACAGAUCAACAUCAACAGAUCUAGCGACGGUCACGCAUUUAUGGGAAUUCAUAUAUAUUAUUCUAAAUACUCCCAAUUCUGAAAAGAACCUCCGUCCGCUUCAAACAGACCAUAGCGAGCUAUCAAGCAUCCCCUCUACGCUUCCGAGGCCACAAAUACUGAAAUUUGACUCCGACCUCUGGAUCUGCAACAUUAGCAACUAG